AUGGAGGGAGACUCCGGUAAAGUCAGUCCGCUGAUGGGCGAGGACGAGUUCAAGGCGUCCUGUGCUAAGGAGAUGGCUCUGCUGGCUCUGAUGGAGAAGACGGGCUACAACAUGGUGCAGGAGAACGGGCAGAGGAAGUACGGCGGACCCCCGCCAGGUUGGGAGGGGCCGCCCCCCCCGCGGGGCUGCGAGGUGUUUGUGGGGAAGAUUCCCAGAGACAUGUACGAAGACAAGCUGGUGCCUCUGUUUGAGAGGGCGGGCAGGAUCUACGAGUUCAGGCUGAUGAUGGAGUUCAGCGGAGAGAACCGCGGCUACGCCUUCGUCAUGUACACCAACAGAGAAGCCGCUCAGAGAGCCAUCCAGAUGCUGGACAACUACGAGAUCCGGCCGGGGAAGUUCAUCGGAGUCUGUGUGAGUCUGGACAACUGCCGCCUCUUCGUCGGCUCCAUCCCCAAAGAAAAGAGGAAGGACGAGAUCAUGGAGGAGAUGAAGAAGGUGACAGACGGGGUGGUGGAUGUGAUUGUGUAUCCCAGCUCCACAGAUAAGAGCAGGAACCGAGGUUUUGCCUUUGUGGAGUAUGAAUCCCACAAAGCAGCAGCCAUGGCCCGGAGGAAGCUCAUACCAGGAACCUUCCAGCUGUGGGGUCACUCCAUCCAGGUGGACUGGGCCGAGCCGGAGAAAGACGUGGAUGAAGAGGUCAUGCAGCGCGUCAGAGUCCUUUAUGUGCGUAACCUGAUGCUGAGCACCAGUGAAGACACUCUGCGUCAGGAGUUCUCCCGCUUCAAACCCGGCUCGGUGGAGCGCGUCAAGAAGCUCACCGACUACGCCUUCAUCCACUACCGCUGCCGCGAGGACGCCGUCACCGCGCUGAGUCUGAUGAACGGGGCCCAGAUCGACGGAGCCACCGUGGAGGUGACGUUGGCCAAACCGGCGGGCAUCAAAGACGUGAGUGUAGCCGGGAGGAGGUACAACGGCCGGGCGUACCUGGGGAACAACGCAGCAGGAGGAGGAGGAGGAGGAGGAGAUGGAGGAGGAGGGAAUGGGACGUAUCUUCUGCACAGGAACGAUGGAGGGAUGAUGGGAGGAGGGGAGGACGGAUGCUCUCCACUGAGACCCGUGUCCCUGCCGCCACGCCUGGGGAGCCCCUUCUACCCAGGAGCAGGUGGAGACGACCUGGACAGGUAUGUGUUCCCCCUGUUUCCCGGCACUCCCCUGUCCCCCACCAGCAUGCUGUCGCUGAAGCAGAGUCAGAUCGGCUCCGCCGUCAGCCUGCUCGACUUCUACUGCCGCAAAAACUACUGGUCCCAGCCCGAGUACCACCUGUACUCCACACCUGGGCAGGACGGAAAACUGCUGCUCCUGUACAAGGUUGUGAUCUCAUCCACACGAAGCACCUACAUCCCAGACAAGCUGUGUGUGCUGCUGGAUGAUGCCAAAGAGCUGGCUGCACAGACCACCCUGUGGAACCUAGACUCGUCCUUCCUGAGCGGAGCGUCCGGUGAUUCUCCCAGCAGCGCCUCUCCGCCGCUCGCCAUCCCCUCCGCCACCAGCCCCGGGCUUCUGACCUGCGGCGGCAGGGCCUUCCCCUCCUGCCUCCCUCCUCCUCCCCCCGCCCCCUCCCUCCCCCUUCCCCUCACUCCCCUCUCUCCCCUCUCUCCCCUCUCCUCUCUCUCCACGCUCACCCCCCCCGCCUCCCAAACGCAGAGGCUCUACUUCAGCUCCCAGGCGCCUUUCUACUGA